GCGCCGUGCCAACAUAGCUAUACUCGAUAGCAAGACAGAAAAUUCGUCUGUACACUUGAAAAAUUGUUCAUGAGAGAGAGAGAGACGAGAGCUUGCUGUGCAAGAAUCUUGAACAAAUCGCUGAAUUCAGGAGUACUAGGAGUAGUACAGUACUAGAGUGGUAGAGAAGAGAGAGAGAGAGAGAGAGCUGGGUUGGAGUGGAGACCAGGAAUGGAGGAAGUAGAAAGGUGUCAGUGCUGCUGCUUUGCCUGCAAAAUCCCCUUCCUUCCAAAGCUCCCCCCCUGCCCUUUUCGGUCUCUGCCUGCCCUGCUUCUUGCCCACCACCACCUGUGUCCUCUUCCUCUCCUCUCCUUGCAUUGCAGCCUUCUCCUUGCUUCACUGCCUCCCUCACCUCCUAUAUAUCCUUCCCCCUUGCCUCCUCCACCCACCCACACUUCACACUUCUUGUUUGAUCAAUCACAGAGACAGAGAGAGAGAGAUGGCUUGGAAUGGCAGGUUUGGAGAGGAUGGAGAGGAAGAGAGGAGCCUUGAGCUCAGCCUUGCCCUCCCUGGAUACUUCUCCAGCUCAGGUUUGCAGGGGAACACGAGCACUGCUGCUGAUGGAGCCAAGGGAAACGAUGGGUUCAAGGCAAGGCCGGCGGCUCCGGUGGUCGGGUGGCCGCCGGUGCGGUCGUUCCGGCGGAACCUCGCCUCGUCGUCGUCGUCGUCGAAGCCGCCGCGUGGAGGCCGAGACGCCGCCGCCGCCGCCACGGGAGGCAAGGUGGCCCGGUUCGUCAAGGUGAACAUGGACGGCGUCCCGAUCGGCCGGAAGGUCGACCUGGCGGCGCACGGCGGCUACGGCGAGCUCUCCGCCGCCGUCGACCGUCUCUUCCGCGGCCUCCUCGCCGCUCAAAGGGACCCAACCAUGGCCACCGCCGCCGCCGCCGCCGCUGCCGGCGAGAGCUGCACAGGAGAGGAGGAGGCGAUCGCCGGGCUCCUCGACGGCGGCAGCGGCGAGUACACGCUCGUCUACGAGGACGACGAGGGCGACCAGAUGCUCGUCGGCGACGUGCCAUGGAACAUGUUCAUCGCCGCGGCGAGGAGGCUGCGCGUGCUCAGGAGCUCCGACCUGAACGCCUCCACGAUACGAGCAGGGAGCAGGAAGAGGGCAGCUGCCGAGUGAUCUUGAUCUUGUUUUUUUCAUCGCCGGGAGCAGAGCAGGAAGCAUAUCUGCAUAGUGAUUAUGAUAGCUCUCUGUUUUGUUUUUAAUCCUUUUCUCUUCGCGUUCUUGGAAGAUUUUUGUGUACAAAAAUGCGCAAGAAGCGUCUUUUUUUGGGGAUCAUGAUGUUGUCGACUACGACUAGGACAAGAUGUAAUCGAGAAUGGAAAUUGUUAGUACUAUUAAUUAGGAUCAAGUUCAUCUGUUCUUGCAAGCUACUAAUCCUGGACAUGCUGAGUGA